AUGGCAGCGCGGGAGGUAUUUGCGCACUACAUGGUUGGCAAUACCUACGGCCAAACCCUGGACGACUGGGCAAAAGACAUCCAACUCGCCAAAGCCGCCUCCAUUGAUGGCUUUGCCCUUAAUGCCGGUCCCACCGACUCUUACGGUGAAGAACAGCUUGCUCUAGCCUACAAAGCUGCAGAGGCAAAUAACUUCAAGUUGUUCAUCUCAUUCGACAUGCUCUGUUGCGGAACAUGGGAUGUGUCCAAAGUUGCGAAAUUCAUUAAUGCCUAUAAAGACAGCUCUGCGCAGUUCAAGGUCAACGGAAAGCCCAUGGUUUCGACAUUUGAGGGCACAAACUUUGUCUCCCAGUGGAGUGACGUUGAAUCGAGUACCGGACAAUUGUUUUUAGUUCCUGACUGGGCUUCAAUGGGGCCACAGACGUUUGCUACCCAUUUAGACGUCGUUGAUGGUGCCUUUGUGUGGGAUGCAUGGCCGCUUGGUACUACCCCGGCCAAAAAGACAACUGAUUCCGAUAAUCAGUGGAUCAGUGCGAUCAAUGGAAAGCCGUACAUGAUGGCUGUGUCACCAUGGUUUUACACCAGGCUUCCACAGUACUCCAAAAACUGGAAUUGGGACUCCGACACCCUGUGGUUUGACCGUUGGGAGUCUGUGAUUGAUGUUCUCCCGCAAUAUGUUGAGAUCAUCACCUGGAACGACUACGGCGAAUCACACUACAUUGGCCCCAUACGCAGCCAAGGUAUCGUCUCUGGUGCCGAGGUCUAUGUCAAUAACAUGCCCCACGACGCCUGGCGCUUCAUCCUACCGUACUACAUCGCGGCCUACAAAGCCGGUACACGUGAUAUCACUGUCGCGACCGAAGGGGCUAUGUUUUGGUAUCGGACCACGCCCAAGGCCGUCUGCGGUGAUGGCUCCACAACCUGCGGUAACGCCGGUACUGGUGGAUCGGCGGUCAAUUGUGUUAGAGAUAGCGUAUUCGUUGUGACUGCAAGCAAUACCGCAACAACCGUGAAAGUGACAAUCGGUGGUCAAGGGAAUACCUUCUCUGUGGCGAAGGGAGUCAAGUUGGUAGAAUUGCCGUUUUCAGGAAGGACGGGCGAUGUUGUGGUCGAGAUCAACGGAAAGACUGCAACAGGGCCGGCAAAAAUUACAAACAGUUGUCCGUCCAGUGGGUAUGUUAACUUUAACGCGGUGGUUGGAUCUACUUCAUAG